CGGAAGAGCGAACCGAGCUUUGGUUUGGAGUGAGGCAACGAGCGCUGGGCCUGGAUUCGAGGGCACCAACCUCGUAUCAGUUCAUGGGAAACAGUUUUGGGGUGGGGUGGGGGUUACCGGUUAGCCCGGCGCUGUCCGAAGGCCGCAUCAGUUGUCCUCAGAGAGCGGACGUGCCGUAACGCAAAGUGGCAGAAAAGGUUUGGCAUGUCAUUUAUUUACAGCAGAAUUGUGGCGAUUUUUGUUCACCUCGAUUCCUGCCCUGGAUCGCUCAGCGAUCGGGGUCUCUGGUUGCAGAGCCAGAGGUAGUGAGUUCAAAUCCCCCCAGAGUGCCUCCUGGACAGGGGCUGGACUAGAUGAUCCUUUGGGGACCUGUCCAGCUUGGCACUUCUACAAAGAUUCUUUGUGCAGAGAAAAACACUAUGCAUGGAUCUGCCUCAGGCAGCAAAAGUGUCUGAUGGCACAGCCCACCUCGCGCCCUUUUAGACCGAUUUCUCUCCCUCGGCCUGACAAGGAGGUGGUUGAAAGAGAAAGAAAAAUACGUUGAAACAGGUGGCCUUCUUGUCUUGCUGCCCAGAUCUUGUUCUGCACAUUGAACACCCACAAAGUGGACAUGCAGAAGCUGCUGGGGGGCCAGAUCGGCUUGGAGGACUUCAUCUUUGCUCACGUGCGCGGCGAGACCAAGGAGGUGGAGGUGACCAAGACGGAAGACGCCCUGGGGCUGACCAUCACAGACAACGGGGCCGGCUACGCCUUCAUCAAGCGCAUCAAGGAAGGCAGCAUCAUCAACCGCCUGCCCAGUGUGUGCGUCGGCGACAGCAUCGAGGCCAUCAACGACCAGACCAUUGUGGGGUGCCGCCACUAUGAAGUCGCCAAGAUGCUGCGGGAGAUGCCUCGGGCCCAGCCGUUCACCUUGCGCCUCGUCCAGCCCCAGAGAGCCUUUGACAUGAUCAGCCAGCGGACCAGAAGCAACAAAACCCCCAACGAGGGGAAGGUGGCGAGCGGGAGGGAGACGCUCCGGCUGCGUGCAAAGGGAAAUGCGACUCUGGAGGAGGCGCCAAGCGAGUUCGAGGAAGAAGCCGCCAGCAAAGUCGACGAUCUGCUGGAAAGCUACAUGGGGAUCCGUGACACAGAGCUUGCGUCCACCAUGGUGGAGAUGGGCAAGGAGCACCAGAGCCCGGAGGCCUUUGCUCACGGACUGGAUCUGCUUCUGGGGGAAUUCGCCUUCCCUGAAGAGUUUGUGGUGGAGGUGUGGACGGCGAUCAAUGAGGCCAGGGCCCCCCGAAGCGCCGAGCCAGCGGAGGGCAGGGAAGGGUAGUCCAUUUCUCGCUUGAUCACCCCUCUCGUCCCUCCCUCUGUUGUCCACCAACCCCUUUCCCUGAUCUAGAAUCCCUCCUUCCUAUCCUGUCCUUUAAAAGCUUGCCUUAUACCAUUGGAAAAUCCGGGCAAUUUCUGCAGGAGAACGUGGGCUGGCUCUUUGGCUUAGUUUUUCCAAUUUUCUGCACCGUGUCUUUUUCCUUUCCAAGCAUCCCGGGAUGGGUCAGAGAUUUCUAGGGGAGAUGAUGAACGGGAAGAAGGGAGGAGACCUCUAGUAGUCUAGUAGAAGUUGGCCAAGAAAGCAGAAAUAACAUUUCAGCACCACGGACAGCACUCCAGCAAUGCAGACGGUGCUCUGGCCCUACCGCUUCCUUCUGGAGAGCAAGGGAGGCCUUCUAGGUAUGAAUUAUUGGGAAUUUAAAGAAGACCCUAAACAGUGGAUCCCAUUGUCACAAAGAGUGAAGGAAAGCAAGAGAUCCACCCAGUCGCUGGCC